AUGGAACAUGUUAGAGUGAUCUUCUUCCUAUUUGCCUGUGUGCUAACGUUUGUUCCAUUUCACGCCUUAGCUCAGGUAGAUGCCUAUCAGUUUUCAAGGUUCAGAUGUGUUGUAGAUCGAGGCAACUUCACGGCCAACAGCACUUUUGCCGAAAAUCUCGACCGCCUUGUCUCCUCUCUCUCCUUACAAACAUCCAAACCUUAUGGCUUCUACAACCUCUCUUCUGGAGACUCGUCUGGAGAAAGAGCUUAUGCAACUGGUCUAUGUAGAAGAGAAGUCAAAAGAGAAGAUUGUCUCAGCUGUAUCCAGACAGCUGCAACAAACCUCACCGUGCUGUGUCCGCGGUCCAAACAAGCUGUUGUGUGGUCCACGCACUGUAUGUUUUAUUACUCGAACAGGACAACCUACGGAAGAAAAGAGCUUUACCCAACUCAGGCUUUUAUUGCUGGUAGAAAAAUAUCAGAAAACAGAGAUGACUUUGAGCGUCUGCAGAGAGAACUAUUGAAUAGGCUCAAAGAUAUUGCUGCAGCUGGUGGGUUGAAUAGGAAAUACGCUCAAGGGAAUGGUUCUGCUUCGGUGGGGUACCGUAGAUUCUACGGCGCUGCGCAGUGUACGCCGGAUUUGUCUGAACAGGAUUGCAAAGACUGUCUAGUUUAUGGGUUUGAGCGUAUUUCAACUUGUUGUGAUGGUGAGAUUGGUCUUAGGUGGUUUUGUCCUAGUUGUAACUUCCGGUUUGAGAGUGACUUCCGAUUCUAUGAGUUUGAGGCUGACCUAGAGCCUGAUCCACCCGCAAUCCAGCCUGCUGAUUCACCAACAUCAGCUGCAAAACCUGAAAGAACAGGAAAGGGCAAAGGUGGAUCUAAAGUCGCUAUUGCAAUAGUGAUUCCGAUAGUUCUUGUUUUGUUAUUUUCAAUUUGCCUAUGCUUGGUCUUGAAGAGGAAGAAGAACAAGUCUAGGGACAGAAUCAAAGUUCUUGAGAAUUCUGGAUCAGUUACCGAGGAUGAGUUCUCAGAUACAGAGACACUGUUAGUUGACUUUGAAAAUCUAAAGGCCGCAACAAAUAACUUUUCUUCCGAGAACGAACUCGGACGUGGUGGGUUUGGUUCUGUUUAUAAGGGAGUGUUCUCUAAUGGCCAAGAAAUCGCAGUGAAGAGAUUAUCUGGUACUUCUGGCCAAGGAGACAUUGAAUUCAAGAACGAAAUUGUUCUACUUGCAAAGCUUCACCACAGGAACCUUGUUAGGCUUUUAGGUUUCUGCAUACAAGGGCAAGAAAGAAUCCUUGUCUAUGAGUUCAUCAAGAACGCUAGUCUUGACCAUUUCAUCUUCGAUCUUGAGAAGCGUCAACUUUUGGAUUGGGGAAUGCGAUACAAAAUGAUCGGAGGAGUUGCUAGAGGACUUCUUUACCUUCAUGAAGACUCUCGUUACAGGAUUAUCCACCGUGAUCUUAAAGCUAGCAACAUUCUUUUAGACAGAGAAAUGAAUCCGAAAAUAGCUGAUUUUGGAUUAGCUAAACUCUUUGACACAGGAGGCCAAACCAUGACACAUCGAUUCACAAACCGAAUUGCAGGAACUUAUGGCUAUAUGGCUCCUGAGUACGCCAUGCACGGACAAUUCUCAGUCAAAACAGACGUUUUCAGCUUUGGUGUGUUAGUCAUUGAGAUCAUUACAGGUAAGGAAAACAACAAUGGUCGAUCUAACGAUGAUGAAGAUGCAGAAGAUCUUCUUAGUUGGGUAUGGAGAAGCUGGAGAGAAGAUCUUAUACUAAACGUGAUCGAUCCAAGUUUAACGACGGGAUCAAGAAACGAUAUAUUGAGAUGCAUACACAUUGGUCUGUUAUGUGUUCAAGAGAGUGCAGCGACUAGACCAACAAUGGCUUCGGUUGUUCUCAUGCUCAAUAGCAAUUCCUUUACUCUCCCGACGCCUUCAAGGCCUGCGUUUGUGUUAGAGAAUGUUAUUCCUUCUAAUGUUUCUUCUUCGACGGAAGGGUUACAAAUGUCGUCGAAUGAUGUGACUGUUUCUGAGUUGUCUCCUCGUUAA